AUGCCGAUCGUGGCAGCAUCUGGGAAAUCACGCCGGAAAAUUCGAUUUCCACAGAAUAAGCGACCGCCAGCAGCAACGUCAUCCUAUCACCGGGAAGCUCCAGACGUUGGCGUCAGAACACCCGCAGACUCAAGUCUGGGACUUGAUGACAAAGACAGAAAGAUGUCCAGUAAAAUGAAUCCAGAGAGUAUACAAGACAAAAUCCCGGCAAUAUUCACAGGACUACCCGCCCUUCGCGACUCAUUAACUACGAAAACUAGUCAGGACCAAGAUGGGACAGUGGAAAGCUGCCUUCCGUUUCUCAGGGGCAGCGAUGGGACGCUGAGAGGGAACCUGAAUGAAUUCGGACUGUCACAUCUAUUGAGGGACCGACACAUUGAGUAUCUCUAUGAUUCCCUUGAGAUUUACCCCGAGGGGUUUGUCGCUAUGGACUCCAGCCGGCCGUGGAUGUCAUAUUGGGCACUCGCUGGAUUAACUUUACUUGGGGAGGACGUUAGCAAAUAUCGAGAGCGAGUUGUAUGUACUUUCAAAGCAGUACAGAACCGUACUGGUGGAUUUGGAGGGGGCCAUGGUCAAACAUCUCACCUAGCAUCUACGUUUCCGGCGAUUCUAAGCCUGGCAUUGGUAGGUGGUAAUGAUGCAUACCAGCUGGUUGACCGCAAAGCAAUGUGGUUGUGGCUCGGGAAAUUAAAGCAGCCUGAUGGAGGGUUUCGCUUGGUUGCAGAUGGCGAAGAAGAUGUCCGCGGCGCCUAUUGCGCUAUAGUGACAAUAUCUCUUCUGAAUCUCCCGUUGGAAUUACCGCAGGAAGCCGAAGCGCGCAAAUAUGGACUCCGAACGUUUUUGGAUGGCCUCCCAGAAUACUUGUCGCGAUGUCAAACCUAUGAAGGUGGAUUGUCUGGAAAACCAGCGGCGGCGGAGGCCCAUGGUGCAUAUGCGUUCUGCGUCUUAGCUUGUCUGUGUAUCAUGGGUCAACCAAAAGACAUGAUUAUGAAGUACAUGGACGUCCCACUUCUACUGUCUUGGCUUUCUGCUCGCCAGUAUGCCCCCGAAGGCGGGUUUUCGGGCCGCACCAACAAACUUGUCGACGGCUGCUAUAGUCAUUGGGUAGGCGAUUGCUGGCCAUUGGUACAGUCGGCCUUGAGGGGACCACAUCAGGAAGGAGACGUGGCUCCAGAAGUAGCCCAGAACUUGUAUAGUCGCGAGGGUCUCGCUCGAUAUAUACUAAACUGUUGCCAAAAUAAGAAAGGCGGUCUUCGUGAUAAGCCGGGAAAGUUUCCUGACUCGUACCAUUCAUGCUACACAUUAAGUGGACUAAGCACUAUCCAGUACUAUCACUACCACACCGAGCAAGAGCCGAUUUCAUCCAGGAUCGGUGGGAUAUUUGCUUCUUCAUUCUCAUGGAAAUUUGUGCCUGUGAAAGUUGGUACAGAUGAUCAUAAUGAUGACAAAGAGAGCAAGGAUAUCAUCGAUCGGUCCGAUCGUCUUGUGGCAUUUCAUCCGCUGUAUACUAUUCCGCAUAGGAAUGCGGAAGCGUUGCGGAGAUGGUGCGAGGAACGGCCAAUCUGA